ACUAUGAUGUAUAUUAUUUGGCAUCGACAAACAUAUACAACCUCUUAUGCAUACGCUACCUACGUACUUACAUAUUGGUGUACCUUACGUUAUUCGCAGCCGCAUAUGAACAAGAGUAAUUUCAGGUCCGGUGAUCUCCGUAAUCUGUUGUCGGCCUCUUCCUGCUCGGCCCUUCCAUUGUGUUCAGUGUCUGAAAAGUUUGCUCUGCAUUACUUGUUUCAAAAGCAACCGCUUUUGUAUGUAUAAUGACCUCAGAAGAGCGCGAGAUCUGUCCGUUAUGCAUGGAAUCUAUGGAAGCAGACGACUUGGCAUUUUUCCCCUGUGACUGCCGAUACCAGGUCUGUCGUUUUUGCUGGGCAAAAAUCAUCAACGAAGAAAAUGGCCUCUGUCCGGCAUGUCGAAAAGAGUAUAAUUCUGAAAAGCCAGCUAUUUACAGACCUAUCUCAGAAACAGAGGAUCCAAAAGGAAAGUCGAACAGGAAACGCAAGGAUAACUUUAAAAAAUCUAAGUUGAGCGCCGAAAUGCUGAAGCUGCUGCCUGAGUUGAGGGUUGUGCAACCAAAUCUCAUCUUUGUUGUUGGGCUACCAGCAUGGAUCUGCAAAGACAAAGAAAUUUUGAAGGGAUCCGAUUAUUUUGGUCGUUUUGGCAAGGUGUUCAAGGUAGAGAUAAACCAGAAUCAAACUUUCGGAGGACCUCAGGGUCAGCCAAGCUUCAGCGCCUACAUCACAUUUUGCCGUUCCGACGACGCUAUGCGUUCCAUACGGGAGCUUGACCAAAGCAUGCUACAUGGAAGGCCACUUAGGGUGUCUUUAGGAACGACAAAAUACUGCAGUCAGUUUUUGCGUGGAGCAAAAUGCACCAAACAUGAAUGCAUGUACCUGCACGAGCUGGGAGAUCCGGAAGCCAGCUUUACAAAAGAAGAAAUGCAGGCCGGCAAGCACACCGAAUACAUGAACAAGCUGCUCUCCGAUUACAAUACUUUCGCAACCUCCACUACAACUAAUUCUGCCCAAGACGUCGGUGCCUCUGACUCAGUGUCGGUAGCCGUACCACCAAAGAAUGAUUCUCGUGUGGCUGGACACGUAACCAGUGCUAGUCGCACACGUCUCGUUCGCUCUUCCGCCAUCUCCCCCACCAAAUCGACCACACACAGUCGACCUCAAUCCAGGCAACUACAAGAGAACGAAUUUCACUCCAAUGGCCAUGUCGCCGAGUCCCGUGGAAUUGUACACUGUCGAGCAGAGUACUCCUCUAAGAGCUCCACGAGCGAAUCUAACGGCGACUGUGCUCCGCUAAUGUCCAAGACUAACGUCUGGAAUAGGCACGUAUCCGCCUGUGAAUAUGUGCCUGAGGAGAUUUCGGAUGAUGUUGACGGACUCACACAUUCAUACUCGAAUCGUUUCGAAACGACGGAGUAUGUCAGCCGACCACACCAAAAGUCGGCCGAUUCCAGACGCACGUUCACUAAUCGGAAUGACCAUCCGCGGAGUCUUGGAAACCGUAAAGCCACAGCACAUAAGGUUUUCUCUGGUGUAACUCGUUGUUAUCCACAUACGUCCAUCAACAGCAACAAUACCCCAGGGGAACGGCAUUCUUCAGGUUCCCCCGAACCUGAGCCUGCGACGACAUUUGGUAAUGAACCAGUUGACAUAGACUUCGACCCCUUCCAGGAAUCUCAACAGGGACUAGCGGAGUUGUUAGCGGCAGAGGUGAAUAGGCUUGUUGUUUCCGAUGACCCAGCUAACUCUCGGGUUCCUCAUGGUGCGAACAGCCACAUUGCUAAGGAGUCCUCUGAUGUUCUCAACUUCUCCGGUUCUCAUCUGUUAACUUCAAAUGGCUUAGAUGGUAGUAUACCUGAGUACAGCCCUGGUCGAUCCAGACUGCCCAACUACCCAUGGAUUCCUACGCUCACGCGUCCGGACGGCGAAAACUGCGGGAACUUCGAUUCUCGCGGUGCCCAUGUCUCCGAUCUAUUCAAUUCUUCAAUUUACCCACCGCCUGGAUUUGAAGAGAAUAUGGGUGUUUUGCAGCAAUGUUCAGAUCCCUCUGUAUUUUCCACUUCUACAUCAAAUCUUGGGGACCAUUGUCUUUCUGACCCGCCGUGCUCACCCAUUUCACCUUUAUCUAUGGGCUUUAACAAUAACAAUGGCUCGUCAAAUCAUCAAGAUGGUCCUUCUUUCUCCUUCUCUCACUCUUCGUCCAAUGUACCAUGCAAGUUGGACGCCUUCAAUUUUGAGGCGAAUUCCCAACCAAAGAUCGCCAGUGUUCCCAACUCCUCAUCGCUGCAUUUUAAUUCUACGACAGCGUUCCGGCCGUACACCACUCCAGUUUACACCCCGCCCUCUCCCUCAUUGCGAUCGGAUUCUCAACAGGCUCUAGCAAAUUUGUUCACUGCCGCGUUCAACACAGCAUCUGCUAUCCUGAACAAUCGACCCGUUUCAGCCACUGAUGGUGCCCCUUCUGCAGCGUCCAAAUCAGCCGUAACCUUUGACCUAAACGGAUUUAUUAGCCAGUUGUGCCGUCAGUCCCCAUUUUUCUCUUCUCUUAAUCAACCCAUCAACGAAUGGGGUCUCACAAAUGGCCUGAAUAAUGCAUCCGGCUGCUUGGUGGAUUCGUUUGUUAACACUUCUGCCGCCGCCGCUGCUGCCGCUGCUCUAUCCGCAGCUUCCCCUUCCCUCUUCUCUCCCGUUCGAUUUCAGCUCAGAUCGGGCGAUAUACUGCCAACAGAAGAUUAUCGAAGGUCAGGAGAGCACACAUUUAUGAAUUGCAGUACUUCCUCUGGGCUGUCGAAACCAGCAACCUUCACUUAUCAGGCCACUUCGUGUGAUGUUUCUACAGAGAAACGUCCUUUCGGCAGUGAUGACCUGCCACCUUCCUCGGACGGCUCCACCCCAGCAAAUCCUGUCUCUCCGAACCCGGUGGCCGCGAACUGGAAAUCGACGUCCUCUCCGACGGAUUUACUCCAACAAAUAUGGCAAUCCGGACCCACUGUGCAACCACUUUUUGACCCUCAGCUGUCAAUGCCAUUCGGAUUCGCUGCGCAAAGCAGCUUGUCAGUCGGUUCAGUCAGUCACUCACAGCGAGAGCCAUCCUCUCAGCCAGCCUCCCAUUCGCAGUCUGCGGAAUAAAAUGUUCGGGUUUUUCUCUUGAAGUGUGUUUAUGCGUGUCUGUGCGCGCGUGUGUGUGUGCAAUGCAUCAACUGAUCCAGAAUCCCCUUGGCCGUCGUCCGCUUCUGCGUUCCUCCGUCUCUUCUCAAACACGAGAACUGACAUUGCCACCUCGCUGGUACUGUCACGCCAGUGAUCUUAUUCUGCUUGUUGUUCGAUUGAAACCAUUUCAACUUCUUUGCUUCACCGCGUUUCCCUCCCCUCUUAAACUUUUUCUAGGCAAUGAUGCAACAACUGACUUCGUACUACUUUCUCAUGCCUGUGUAGUGAUCACUUUUCAAAAUUCUUUAUGGACAUAAGAUUGACUGAUCGGCACGCGCACACAUUCGCCAACCUGCACAUCUUCAUACAGAGAUUAGUCUGAGCUGAU